AUGACGCCCACUAGACCAGUGGCCACCGAUGACGAUAUCGAGGAGAAUUGUGUUUCUCCGACAUUAGAAGUGGGAUCGGUGCAAGCACAAAACGCAGAUAGAUUGAUCGACGCGCUUUAUUUGAGGCGCAGCAAAAUAGCAUGUGGCUACCUACUUGUGGAGGCGCUAUGCAACCCGCCGGCUAUCGAGGACAAGAAUAUUGGAUUGCCUAAAGUACACUUAUUUCUUACACUUAGUAAGGCCAUGAAAGGAUCAGCUGCAACAUGGUUGUCCCAAAUAAUUUUUCCUAAUAUGAAGUGGGUAGAAUUUAAAGAUAUUUUUAUUUUUCGUUUUGAUACUUUAGAAACAUGUGCAGCGACAAUUUUAAAAAUGUUUACUGGUAAACCGCAAGAACGUGAAUUUGUCGCUGCGUAUGCAAGUCGUUUAUUUAAAUAA